AUGGACACAAAUAUGGAAGACGUCGGGAGGGUACCGGCCGACGUGUCGCCAGUGCAGACGGAGCCUGCGACCAGAUCCACGCUGGAACAGUGGAUUGAGAAUCUGAUGAACUGCAAACAGCUGUCCGAGGCCGACGUCCAGAGGCUGUGCGACAUGGGUCGAGAGGUUGUCCAGGAGGAAUCAAACGUCCAGCCGGUGAAAUGCCCCGUCACGGUCUGUGGCGAUAUCCACGGCCAGUUCCACGACCUGAUGGAGCUGUUCAAGAUUGGCGGCCCCAGUCCCGACACCAACUAUCUCUUCAUGGGUGCGAACAAACGCGACCUGGUUCCUGGUGACUACGUCGACAGAGGAUACUACUCAGUCGAGACCGUGUCGCUCCUCGUCGCCCUCAAGAUCCGCUACCCCCAACGCAUCACCAUCCUGCGAGGCAACCACGAGUCGCGCCAGAUCACACAAGUCUACGGCUUCUACGACGAGUGCCUCCGCAAAUACGGCAACGCCAACGUGUGGAAGAUUUUCACCGACUUCUUCGACUACCUCCCCCUGACCGCCCUGAUUGAGAACCAGAUCUUCUGCCUCCACGGCGGCCUGUCCCCCAGCAUCGACACAUUAGAUAACAUCAGGGCCCUCGACCGCGUCCAGGAAGUCCCCCACGAAGGUCCCAUGUGCGAUCUCCUAUGGUCCGACCCCGACGACCGCUGCGGCUGGGGCAUCUCUCCCCGCGGUGCGGGGUACACGUUUGGCCAGGACAUUUCAGAGGCUUUCAACCACAACAACGGCUUGACAUUGGUGGCACGAGCGCAUCAGCUUGUCAUGGAAGGCUACAACUGGUCUCAGGACCGCAACGUGGUGACAAUCUUUUCAGCCUGCAAUUCGAUCCGUGCCCGAGAGCCGGAGAGCCAAUGGUCUCUAGACGAGUCGCCCAAGUGCUGCCGCUCCAGAUUGGUUCAAGUUUACUGGCAGGGAUGGCGAUGCGCCGAUGUGAAUGAUGUCAGCAUACUCUCAGGUGCCUCCAUGCUGUCAUUAUCUGCUUCUCACCACCUCUUCUUCGUUUUCUCCAAAUCAUUUGCCGGCCUCGAGCUUGUUUCCGAGCGGCAUGUCCCAGGUGGAAUCAUGCAUCGUCUGCGCCGACGCGCUCGCCGGAAAUUCCUCAUCGAAUACUCGUCCGUCCGAGCCUGGAACGCCGUUGACAUAGUGGCCGGGAGAGCUACUUCCGUCGGGAAUGUGGAAGCGCUUGUCAAAUCGAGACAGGGCGUAGGUGAAGACGACGAUGAGCUCGAUGGCGUAGAUGAAGCAGUAGAAGCAGGCCUUGCCAUGGAACCACCUUGGUUGAGUUACGGGAACGCGAUAGUAUGCCACUCCCGCGCGGAAGGCCGCGCCGAGAGUGAGCAAGCAAGAGCUGAAGAUGAUGAGGAAGAGCUUGUAGCGCAUGCUUCCGGCACCAAACUUCUCGAUGCGCUGGCGGCGGGGGAUGACGAAGCAGAGGGCGACGACGGGGAUCGGGAAGAAGGCCAGCAAGGCAAAGUACGUCAGGGCAACGACCUGGACGUCGUGGGUCUUGUCGAUGGCCGACUGGUCGAGCGUGUAGACGCUGUAGACGAUGGCAACGAUGAGCAUGACGAGGCAGGCCACGACGGAGACGUAGAUGGAGCGAAAGACGAUUUUGGCGGCGAAGCUCCAGCCGAGGCGAGGGUGAUAGGCCCUCAGGAUACGCAGGACGAGGAUGAUGUUGAUGACGAAGACGAGCAGGACGCCUGCGUUGGCGAGGAUCUGCGCGGCGAGGCCGAUGCGGCCGUUUCUCGGGUAGCACGCCCAGACGAUGCGCAUGACGUUUGCCGAUAUGCGAGCCAUGGAGAAGCCGAAGAAGAGGCUGGAGAGGACGAACUUGUGGCCGCGGCGGCGGUUGCGCUGGAAGAUUGCCAUGUUGAGGGCGGCGGAGCAGAUGAAGAGGAAGAGGAUGACGGCGGAGAUGGGGACGUCGACGGAGACGGUUGGGGUUGUCGUGGUGGUGAUGGUGUUGAGGAUGAACAUGCCAUGUUUGGCGGCAUUGCGCCGCUUUGGCCGCUGGAUGCCAUCUUUUUCGCCUGA